UCCAGGCUGCAGCAUGCUGUCUGUAGGACGGGGACUGCAGCUGGGGCAAACCCAUGGGGGCACCCGCACAGCCCCCUGGACCGGCACCGUUAUCUCUUGGAAGGAAGGCUGGUUCCUCCUCAUCUCCCUCUUCAUCUCCUUUCCCCAAGGGACAGCGUGGCCCUAUGACUACAGGUAUUUGUACAACCACUGCCCGGGCCCAGAGUGGAACGUCAUGUGCAGGGGCUGCUGCGAGUACGAUGUGAUCCGCUGUAAAUGCCCCCUGCAGGGGACUCCGGUGGGCUACGCCGUGCCGUGCUGUCGCAACGCCAUCAAUGAGUGUGACCCCUGCAUAAUUCACCCAGGUUGCAGUAUAUUUGAGAACUGCAAGCGUUGUAACAAUGGGACAUGGGGCCCCAGGGAUGACUUCUUCAUUACUGGGAAAUACUGCGCUGAGUGUCGGCCUGGCUGGUCCGGUGGAGAUUGCAUGAAGUGUGGGGGAGUAAUCCAUAAGAGGCAGGGCCAUUUGGUGCUUGAGAGCUAUCCCAACAAUGCCCGAUGUGAGUGGACCAUCCAGAUGGACCGACCCUUUACUAUAGAACUCAGGUUCAUGAUGCUGAGCCUGGAGUUUCACCAUUCUUGUCAUUAUGAUUAUGUGGAGGUCCGAGAUGGUGACAGCAUCAACUCGGGUGUUAUCGCUCGAUUCUGUGGGAACAACAGGCCUGUCCCGGUUCACAGCUCAGGAAACAGUCUGCACAUACUUUUUGUGUCUGAUGGUUACAAGAACUUUGAUGGAUUCUUUGCCACUUUUCAGGAGAGCUCAGCCUGCAGCUCUUCUCCUUGCCUGCAUGAUGGGACUUGUGUCCUGGACAGUUCCUACACUUACCACUGCGCCUGUCUGGCUGGCUACACGGGCAAGAGGUGUGAAAAUGUGGUGGGAUGUCACAGGCCUCCAGUACCCACCCAUGGAUCCACAGAGGGAUUGUUUCAUCAUUCGGGGGCUCGCAUCACUUUCCGUUGUGACCCUGGCUUUGAGCUGCGGGGCUUCCGUACUGCCAUCUGCCUGAAGGAUGGCUCCUGGAGUGCUCCUGCCCCACAGUGUGUGCCCGUGGAAAGAGUCUGUACUCUACCACCCAAGCUGAAACAUGGGGACCACUUCCUGGUUUACGGACCCAAUGAUGUCCUCAUUGCGCUACAGUACAUGUGUUACCAGCCCUAUGAACUCAGUGGGGGCUCCCAGAGAGCCUGCCUCCCCAACAACACCUGGAGUGGCACUCAUCCUGUUUGCACCCAAGUUAAUAACUCUCUCACUGAAGCAGAAAAGGAUAGGGACAAGACCAAAGAGACUGGGAAAGGCCAAGAAACCGAUAGUGACAAAGAUAUCAGCAAAACUAAAGAGAAAGGUCAAGAGAACACAACUGGAGUAAAAGAAAGUGCUGGAGGGGGAGAUAUAAACACUGGGCAUGAGAAUACAACAGCAGUCGACACAAAAGAUAAAUACACUGGUACCAUUCCAGAGGAAACUGUGUCUGAGGGUGGGAAUGAAGGAGAGCUGGAAGAAAGACAUACUGGAUUAGAGACACCAACUGGAGGAAGCAAAGAUAAAGUGGAUAGUGAAAGCCCUGACAACAGCCUGAACACAGUUGAAAAUAAAGUACCUGAAGUAGGGAAACCACCUGAGGAAAAAGAAGGUGACCCAAAAACAAACUUGGAGACAGAUAUCACAGAAAUAAUUGUGAAAAAAGACAAAGGUCAACAAGAGAAGGAAAGAAAAGAGGAGCAGGUCAAUGGAAAACGGGAUCAGGGCAAAGUGGGCCCUAAUGAUACGAAGAUGACGACAGUCAUAGCUGAGGAUGACAACACAGUGGAGAUAAUUGAACUGGAAACAACAAGGAACAGCACAGGUAUACGUGAUACAAAGGACACACAGAAGGAAAACAAUACCAUAGGUUCUCCAGAGCUGGGGAAGAAAAUCCUUCCCACUACAAUCAACAUUACACAGUACACCCUGUACAGAGGUGGCAGUGAACCAAAGGAAACAACAGUUAAAGAGGACAAGACUGAGAAGGUCUCCACUGAGAAAACAAAAGAGGAGUUGCAGAGGGAGAGGGCGGAAAAAGAAAAGGAGAAGGAAAUCAAUGAAAGCUUCCCUGAGAAAAGCUGUCCACCUGUCCCUCGACUUUACCACGGCUACUACCAGCUGGUGCCUGGGAUUGAGUCUGAAACAGUGGAGUUCUUCUGUAACCACUCCUAUGCUCUCAGUGGUGAUGCCCGACGUACCUGCAGGCCAGAUGGUACCUGGAGUGGCACACAAUCUUUCUGUGUCCGAGCAUGCCGUGAGCCCAAAGUGUCAGAGCUGGUAAGACAAAGAGUUCUGCCUCCUCAGGCAACCUCCAGAAAGACACCUGUGCACAAGCUCUACUCUUCUGGGCUGGCAACACUGCUCCAGUCUGACGACCCGACUAAAGGCCCCCCCGUGCAAUCCCAGUUGCCAGAGGGUUUCCACCACCUUUACUCGCACAUAGAGUACGAGUGUGCCUCUCCCUUCUACCACCAUUCUGGAAGUUCUCGCCGCACUUGCUUGAAGACUGGGAAAUGGAGCGGGCGUCAUGUGUCCUGUUCACCAGUGUGUGGGAAGCAUCCGACCUUUGACCCAGAGAGGCCGGCAGAGGCUCACUGGCCUUGGCUGGCAGCCAUUUACCGCCGCUCUACCAACGGAGCUAAGACCAAGGUGACCAAGGCAGGCAGCCAGGCAGGAACACUGAAGGGGAACGGUGGAGCAGGAACUGGCAGCUACAGUCAGCCCUCUGACUGGCAGCUGGUGUGCAGUGCGGCUCUGGUCAACCAAAAGAGGGUGGUGGUCGCAGCACACUGUGUGACAGAGCUGGGGAAAGUGUAUCCUCUGGAUGCUGCGAAAAUCAAGGUGGUGGUAGGGAAGCAGUAUCGUGAUGACCACAGGGAAAGUAAAGGUCUUCAACACCUGAGGGUGGCCUCCAUAGUUGUUCAUCCAAACUACGACCCCAAUAUCCUCGACUCUGACAUAGCUGUUGUCAAGUUACUGGACAAAACAAGAAUCGGAGAAAAAGUCCUGCCCCUGUGCCUCUCAGACAGCAAGGGAAAAGAGGCUACCUCUGAGCAGGGGCUUGUGACUGGCUGGUCUCCUCUGUCUGAUGCAAGUUUAGGUCCUGAUGAGAAGGCAAGGGUCGGGCUUGUUCACCUUGCUGAUGUAGUCCCCUGUGAGCAGCAGUAUGCUCGUAACGGCGUGCCAGUGGGCGUCACGGACAAUAUGCUCUGUGCCAGCCAGAAGCCUGACUAUGAACCCUCUAACAUAUGUCCCUCUGACAUGGGGGGAAUCCUCGUCCUCCCCGCCCUCUCUGAGAACCAAGCCAGUAGCAGGCAAAAUCCGUCUCUCAGCACACAGGUGCAGAGGGAGGGUCAAGGGCUGUGGAGACUUCUGGGACUAGUGAGCUUUGGCUAUGACCAAGGGGAGUGUAAUCCUGACCUCUACACAGUUUACACACGUGUAGCCAACUUCAAAGACUGGAUAGAGAGCAAUAUGAAAUGAACAUCUUACUAUAUGACGUUGUUCCCAACAGCUUCAUAUCUUACAGUUCUGUUACAUCUUUUUUCUGUUUUUCAGUGCUUAAAAAAAUGUUUUUCUUGCACAAGGGCAUUUUCUUUCUCAAUGCAGAAGCAUUGGAAACACUGGACAACACAGUGCUCUAACUGAAGGGGGUGCUAACACAUUAGAUGUGCUGGGAAUCAGCAUUCCAUCAGAAGACUUCAGGUCCCUCAGCCUGAGGAUAGAGAUUUGAAAAUAAACAGUAAACCAUUACACACCUCUGGCUGACAUGGUUUGUGUUGUACUCAAUAGUAUGUAUAUGUUGUAAUGUACUGAAUUAUUCUAUCUAUUCAUAUGACACAAGGGAUGUAUAUAUUGUAUCAACAGACAUAAAAAUGAAGACGUUUUUUAAUUAAAGAAUGUGUUAAAGGGUGUGUUAAA